AAGAACACAAAUUUUUGCCUGCUCGCAUGCUGCCUCAAGAUACACAAAAAUUCAUGAAUUUAGUCUUUAAACGUCGUUUGCUGUUUGUAAUCGCCAAGAAAUUCGAGCGGAUCAUUUCCAUACGCGGACAUUUAACACGCGCGAGAUACAACUAACGAAUGUGAAAUAAUUUCUAUUAAAUUUGCAACUAAAGAUAUAUCUUGCAAAAAUUAUAUAUUGUGUUUUUAUUGAAGUUGUAUUGAAAAAUAUUUUUGGAAACUGAUAAGGAUUUUUUAUGUUAACGAUUUUCAAAAUAACAAAUUGUUUUCUGCCUCAUUUCGGUGGUAAAGCAAAUGGAAAGAAAACAAAAACAUAAUAAAUAUUCCUUGAGGAGAAUUCCGAACUCAAGUGAAACGUGUGCUAUUCUUUAAAUUUAAACCAUAAAUAAUGCAUUAGAAGUUUUUACCAACAAAAAUCAAUUUUGAAACGAUACGCUGUAGUCAUCUGUAAUCUGAAGAAGGCUACUUCUUGUGUGCGGUACAUUUGUGGAAACUAAAAUAAAAUUUCUAGGGAAAAUUAAAAAUUUAACCAAUUUAAAUCGUUUUCAAUUUUAUUUAUACAAAAAUCGUGCAAUAAUCAAAAUAAAUACGGGAUACAAAUAAAUAAAUCCUGCAAUCCGAUUCAUAGUUGUGUAGAAAAGUUACCCUAAAACGUAAAGAAAUUUACGGCACUUGACCUGACUCCUCGCUGGCCAAGUAAAACGGAUUAAACCAAAUGUAAAAACAGGCAGACGAGAAGCCACAGUGUCGUCCACGUUAACUCAAGGAACGCAAACGGCAAGGAAUCGCAUAUGCUUACAUACGCUCGCUAACCAAUUCCAGCUAAAGGCAUUUUGAAUAUAUUUUAUUGCUUAGCUGCAGGACAGGCACACACGGCACGGAAAAAAGGCAAUUCCCAUUUUGCUACCCACACAACAAGGCAACAACAAGUCCACAACAACAGACCUCAGCAGAACUCCAAGAAGGAAACCAGCUUCGAAUACCUAUACCAGCUUGGAGCAAGCACGGGCCAGGAAGCAUUGCAGAAGACGUUAUGCAAAUGUCUCAUGGGGGUUUGAACAAAAAGUGAAGAUAUAAAAUUUAUAAGUCAAGAUUGCGCCAAAGUCAUAAAAGUAGAAAGCAAAGAAAAGUUGUAAUAAAAUAUGUUGUUUCAGUCGAAAACGUGCUGAAACGUGCAAAGUGCAGUAAAGCAAACCGUAAAAAUCAUAAAAUCAAAAAGUGCAGUGAAAAUCAAUAGAAGUAAAAAAUUAUUGUAAAGUACAAAAAUAAAGUAGUAUUAAAUGAAAAUGUGUUAAAUUGAAAAUAAAACAUUGAUUGGUGGCUUGAAAAAAUUUAAAGGAAUUUAAAUAAAUUUACUUACCAAUGACGCAGCUUGGCGAAUAAACGGACGACAGUGGGUGUAUGAAAGCUAGCCGAUAGGAGCCUGUCUAGAAAUUGGCUUGUAACGGAACUAGCAAAUUACUAGCUUAGUUUAAUUCAUCUAAGGCUUAAAUUAUUUUUCAACUUUGACCGGUUCUUCUAAAAACCAUCAAAAUUAAGUUCUCAAAGCAAAAUCAUCACGCAUACCGUCACACCGAAAACAUCUACGACGGUGGCACCGACACUGACGACGACGAAUGUCCAUUGGAAGCAAAUAUGAAUCCAUAUGAGUAUGAAAGCACCCUGGAUUGUCGAGAUGAUAAUCGCGGUCCUGGACCCGGUUCAUUGAGACAACAACAGCAACAACAACAGCAGCAGCAGCAACAACAACAUACACUACAAUCACAACAUAAUACGUUGCAGCAUCAGAAUCAACAAAAUUUACAAUUGCAACAGCAGCAGCAACAGCAACCGUCACAUUACGACUACGAGUAUCAACAUUUACCGCAUCGUCCUCCAAAUGAUGCAAAUUCUACAGCGUCGCGCACACAUGGCAGACAAGGCUUUCUCCUUGAAGGAGUUACGCCAUCGGCACCACCGGAUGUUCCACCAAGGAAUCCAACAAUGAGUCGCAUGAAUAAUGGUCGUUUAGUCGCUGGUAAUCCAAAUGAUUUGGGCGUUGAUUUCGAACCAUCGUGUUUGGUACGAACACCAUCGGGCAACGUUUACAUUCCAGGUGGCAAUUUAAAUAUCAAUAAAGGUUCUCCCAUCGAUUAUAAAAGCGGUUCAGCCUGCUCCACACCCACAAAAGACACGCUCAAAGGUUACGAGCGUAGUACGAAUAGUUGCAUGGGCCCAGUGCUUCCACCACGCAGUGUAAUGAGUGGCCUACCAACACAUCAUUAUUCAGCACCAAUGAAUUUCCGCAAAGACUUGGCAGCGCGCUGUUCGGCCCGUUGUAUGGCCAUUGUAUCUGUGUCAGUUUUUGUGUCAAUGUGUGUGCUUUUAAUCAUUUUAACAGGAUUUGGUGUUUUGCACUGGUCUCCUUCUGCACCCUGUACAGUUCUAGUCGGCAAUGAGGCGUCUGAAGUAACAGCCGCCAAAAGCACUAAUACGGAUCUAUCAAAACUGCAUAAUACCUCAUUACGUUCUAAAACUGGACAACCAUCUAUGGUGACUGCGUCUACGGCUAGCUCUUCAUUAUCGGCAUCAUCUGCUGCGGCAGCAGCUGCAGCAGCGGCGGCAGGGGUACCCGGUAAUGGAGCAUCGGCUUUUCAAUCGACAUCAUCCUCCUCCGUAGCUGUAACAGGAUCUUCGGCCACAUCGCCAUCCUCUUCAUUAUCAUCAUCCUUAGCAAACCCUAAUAAUGGAGAGAAAAUCAACUAUGGCGACGCCAGGAGAAGGAGGCAACAAAAACCUAUGUAUUUUCGAUAUAAUCCAAGUAUAAAAAAUAUAUAUAAAAUCGCGCCAGAUAUAGAAGGUAAAAUGUAUGAUAUAAAACAGCAACAAAAGAUGCAAUAUCAACGUUAUCGUCGAAGUUUAUCAGGAACCAAAAGUUUCAUCGACUUAAUUACAAAUGAAAAGAAAGUCAAUGAAAAGCAAUCAACUACGCAGACGGAAGAGCAGCAGGAGGAAAUUUUUGAAUUUAUGACAAAAACAACAGCAACAACCGUUUUGCCAUACACAGCAACAAAGACUGUAAUAGCAAAACUUAAGGUAGCACAGCAGGCAGAAGCAACUGUUAACUUCCUGGCAAAAGAAAGUAAUUAUUUCUACGACAACGACUACGACAUCAACGAUGACGACAACGACAACAGCAGCGACAACAGCAACGACAACGGCAACGACGGCAUCAGCAACAGCAACAACGCCAACAAUAAAAUUGGCAACGAUGAACAUAAAAAAAAUUUCAAGUAUGGCAAGACUUUCAAAAUCAAUAACGUAUUAAAUCUUAAUCAAAGCAAUAAUGACAAAGAAAGUGAUGACUAUGUCUAUACUGAUGAGCAAGUCUACGAUGAUGUUGUUGGUGUUAAUAAAGAAUACAACUAUGCAAAAAUGGAAAAAGUUUCAUCAAAGAAAUUAAAGGAUAAUAAUUACAACGCUGAGACUGAAGUUCGAAACUCAACGGAUGACAACGAAAUAGUUCUGAAGGCGAGAAAGGAAAAAGAUACUAUACCCAGUGUGAUUGGUGUAGUAAAAACUUUAAAUUUUGGUUUUAACCAAACAUUAAUGGAAAACUCUAGUGAAAUGCAACUAAAUAACACCACACAGAAUACAUCACUGCAUCACAGUGACAACAACAGUUUAAAUGCUGCAUUAGAAAGUAAUGAUCUUGUGGAAUCAAAAUUUGCAAUAGCUGCUAAUGACAAUUUAAAAUAUCAAAAUAAAGACUUUUCGGCAACUGUAAGGACACUUAAUACGAGCUCAGAGAUAUUCAACAAUACUGAAGUCAAAAUCACCCUCCACUCGACUCGACUUGAUAAAAUGUCAAAAACUUUAAGAACAGCAAAAAUUAACAAACCAUUAAACAACAAUUUACGCACACCGGCAAUGAAAUCAGGUAAAACGAUAUCAAGGAAGCGGUACAAUAGCGAAAAGCUUAAUGUUAAACAAUUGGGGGAGUUGGAGCUAACGCAAAGUGAAGACCAAAAGGAACAAUAUGGGUUGGGGGAGUUGGGCGACUAUGACAUUAUUGAUGACAAUAAUCAAAUUGACAGGCCGGAGCAAGUGGAAAAUAUUAUGCAGCAGGAACAAAUGCCAGCAGCAGUAGCAAUGCUGGGACAGAAUGAGAGUACCAGAAAAAAUAAAACGGAAGGAGAUGACAAUAAUGAUAAAAAUGAUUCUGUCAUUUUUGGUACUUCUAUUGCUGCUGAUAUUGCCGACAGUAUUGCUCCAGAAAAUGUUGCUAAUGUUACUGAAACCGUUAUGUUUAAUGUUGAAAAUAAUUUUCAAAUCAAUCGCUAUAAUGGCGUUGACAUUGUUGAUAGCGAAAAUGAUGCUGAAAAUGAUAACAAUAAUGAGCAUGAUUUAGCUGACAACUAUGAUGACGUCUACACAAGAACAACAACAAUAGCAAUGGCAACGACAGUAGCAACAUCGACAACAAUAGUCGACAACGAGGUUUCCAAUAACAACAAAAACAAGACAAGCACCGCAACUGAACUUGAUAAAUUCAAAUUGAAUGACCAACAUAAAUACGAAACGAUAUCUCUUGCCUCACCAGUAACCUUGCCAACAACUGCUGUACUUCAAGCAGCAACAGAAACGGAAACAGAAAUUGUGGAAAACGGAAGCACUACAGAAAAAAUUAUAACUAAAGAAAUUAUAACAAAACGACAAAUGAUGGAGAUAAAUGAGCAAACAACAACAACUACACCAAAUACAACAGCAUCCCAGCCGAAGACAACAACAGAAGCAACAACAGCUACACCAGCAACAUUUCAAACCCCAAGCAACAACGUGCAUGUCAUGGGUACAAAUUCAGUUAAUGCAUCAACUGACAGUUUAGACGAGCUAAUGUUAAAUGACGGUUUAAUACCGCUAAACAGCAUUGAUGGUUUUAUGGAAUCUAAUUAUGCACAAAAUUUAGAUGAUAUAGAUAUUAUUAAAUUGGAAGACACGCACUCGAUGGAAGAAGAGCUCUACAAAACAAUCGAUAACUCCGUCAUCGAUAUACCCACACAUCAGUUCACAUAUAUUGAAAAUCCGAAAUCCGUAAGAAAAAACUUAUCACUAUUGCCCAGUGAGAGCAAAACAAUAGAAAAUGAAACUUUCAAAACUGAGACAAAGGGAAAGGAGAAAGAAAAUCAAUUGCCAAUGAUAACGUUGAAGCCACCACAUAUUAGCGAAACUUACGAUACCCCAAAUAAACGUAUACUUGUCAAUCUAACAAUUGCCACAGGAGACGACAGCAAUUCAAUUUACACACUGCAUGUGGCUAUACCAGCAGGAGGUGGUAGUGGAGCUACAAAUAAACAUCAAAGUCUUGAACAAAUUUUAACCCACGAAAGACGUGAUUCCAAAGAGCAAGAGCACAGUGAAGACAUAAUUAAUGCAAGUCCUUACUGUGUACCUGAACCACCACCUACCAUACCGGAAUGUCCAUGCAAAUGCGCACACUUCGCUGAAACUUUAGUUACAACAAAUGAACCAACGGCAAACAUAAACGCCAUCAACACACAUGCAGUACCACCUAUACAUAAAAACACCAUGAGCACAAUAACAUCCACGUCCACCGCUCCACAAACUACUACUUCUAGAUUUACACAAACUAACAAUAAAUAUGUUAAUAACAUGUGGGAUAUUGCUGCUACUGAAGCUAGCACUGUUGCUACUAACACCCAUGCAUUUUUUGAUGCUAGUGCUGUUGACACUACAACAACAACUUACAACACUACUACUAAUCUUGCUGAUAAUACUAAUAAAGGGCAUAGUUUGUCUAAUGUCGGUGAUAAUGUUGCAUGUCCAGAUGUUAUGCCAAUUCUAAUACUUGAAGGAGCACGCACAUUUCCGGCACGAAGUUUUCCACCAGAUGGUACUACAUUUGGACAAAUUUCACUUGGACAGAAGUUGACAAAAGAAAUACAACCAUAUAGUUAUUGGAAUAUGCAAUUUUAUCAAUCAGAGCCCGCUUAUGUGAAAUUUGACUACACCAUCCCUCGGGGCGCCUCAAUAGGUGUUUACGGACGUCGCAAUGCACUACCCACACAUACACAAUAUCACUUUAAGGAGGUGUUGAGUGGAUUUAGUGCCAGCACAAGAACUGCAAGAGCAGCACAGUUGUCGAUUACGCGCGAAGUAACGCGUUAUAUGGAAUCCGGUCACUGGUUCGUGUCAUUGUACAACGACGAUGGGGAUGUGCAGGAGGUUACAUUUUACGCUGCAGUUGCUGAGGAUAUGACACAAAAUUGUCCAAAUGGUUGCUCAGGCAAUGGACAGUGUUUAUUGGGCCACUGUCAGUGUAAUCCUGGAUUUGGUGGAGACGAUUGCAGCGAAAGUGUUUGCCCGGUUCUGUGUUCACAGCAUGGCGAAUACAUAAAUGGCGAAUGUAUUUGUAAUCCUGGUUGGAAGGGCAAAGAAUGUUCGUUACGUCACGAUGAAUGCGAAGUGGCUGACUGUAAUGGUCAUGGUCAUUGCGUGAGUGGCAAAUGUCAAUGUAUGCGUGGCUAUAAAGGCAAAUUCUGUGAAGAAGUUGACUGCCCACAUCCAACUUGCUCUGGUCAUGGUUUUUGUGCCGAUGGCAACUGUAUAUGCAAGAAAGGUUGGAAAGGUCUUGAUUGUGCUACCAUGGAUCAAGAUGCUCUACAAUGUCUGCCGGAUUGUUCAGGUCAUGGGAGCUUUGAUUUGGAUACACAAACAUGCACUUGUGAGUCUAAAUGGAGCGGUGAUGAUUGUUCCAAAGAACUUUGCGAUCUAGAUUGUGGACAGCACGGUCGUUGCGUGGGUGAUGCAUGCAGUUGUGACACUGAAUGGGGUGGUGAAUAUUGCAACACUAAGUUAUGUGAUACACGAUGUAAUGAACAUGGUCAAUGCAAAAAUGGCACAUGUCUAUGUGUCACUGGCUGGAAUGGAAAACAUUGCACAAUCGAAGGUUGUCCAAAUGGUUGUUCGGCACAUGGACAGUGUCGUGUGAGUGCAGAGGGGCAAUGGGAAUGUCGCUGUUAUGAGGGCUGGGAUGGUCCUGAUUGUGGUAUAGCUUUAGAACUAAAUUGUGGUGAUAGCAAAGACAAUGAUAAAGAUGGUCUUGUUGAUUGCGAGGAUCCGGAAUGUUGUGCUAGUCAUGUUUGUAAGACCUCACAGCUAUGCGUGUCCGCUCCAAAGCCAAUAGAUGUAUUAUUACGCAAACAACCACCAGCAAUAACAGCAUCUUUCUUCGAACGUAUGAAAUUCCUUAUUGAUGAAAGCAGCCUACAGAACUAUGCGAAAAUGGACUCAUUCAAUGAAAGCAUAUUUUGGAAUUAUUUCAAUGCAAGCCGUUCAGCCGUUAUUCGUGGCCGUGUCGUCACCUCACUUGGCAUGGGUCUGGUUGGUGUACGCGUUUCCACAACCACUCUUUUGGAGGGUUUUACACUUACACGCGAUGAUGGUUGGUUUGAUUUGAUGGUAAAUGGUGGCGGUGCUGUGACGCUACAAUUUGGACGUUCGCCGUUUCGUCCACAAUCGCGUAUUGUGCAAAUUCCUUGGAAUGAAGUGAUCAUUAUAGAUGUUGUUGUCAUGUCCAUGUCCGAAGAAAAGAACUUAGCCACCACCACGCACACUUGUUUCUCCCACGACUAUGACGUGAUGAAGCCUGUAGUCUUAGCGUCGUGGAAACACGGUUUUCAGGGCGCAUGUCCUGAUCGCAGCGCUAUUUUAGCAGAAUCGCAAGUUAUACAAGAAUCCUUACAAAUUCCUGGCACUGGCUUAAAUUUGGUUUAUCAUUCUUCCCGCGCUGCUGGUUAUUUAUCCACCAUCAAAUUGCAAUUAACGCCUGAAACAAUUCCAGAUACUCUACAUCUCAUACAUUUACGCAUUACGAUUGAAGGUAUAUUGUUUGAACGUGUAUUCGAAGCUGACCCAGGUAUUAAGUUUACGUACGCUUGGAAUCGAUUAAAUAUUUAUCGUCAGCGCGUGUAUGGCGUCACUACUGCCGUUGUUAAAGUCGGAUAUCAAUAUACAGACUGCAAAGAUAUUGUCUGGGACAUACAAACAACUAAGUUAUCGGGUCAUGAUAUGUCAAUUUCUGAGGUUGGUGGUUGGAACUUAGAUAUACAUCACCGUUACAAUUUCCAUGAAGGUAUUUUGCAAAAAGGCGAUGGCUCCAAUAUAUAUUUGAAAAAUAGACCACGUGUUAUACUUACUACAAUGGGUGAUGGUCAUCAGAGACCGCUCGAAUGCAAUGAUUGUGAAGGUUUAGCUAUGAAACAACGUUUAUUAGCGCCAGUCGCUUUAGCUUCGUCCGCCGAUGGCAGCCUUUAUGUAGGUGAUUUCAACUAUAUACGCAGAAUUAUGAUAGAUGGCACAAUACGUACAGUGGUUAAAUUGAAUGCUACUCGUGUGUCAUACCGCUACCAUAUGGCUUUAAGCCCACUCGAUGGCACUUUAUAUAUCUCUGAUCCAGAGUCACAUCAAAUCAUACGUGUUCGUAAUACUAGUGAUUUCUCGGACCCAGAAAAGAACUGGGAACCAGUAGUUGGUUCUGGCGAACGAUGCUUACCAGGCGAUGAAGCACACUGUGGUGAUGGUGCAUUAGCAAGAGAUGCCAAAUUAGCAUAUCCUAAAGGCAUUGCAAUUUCAAGUGAAAAUAUACUUUACUUUGCUGACGGUACCAAUAUUCGUAUGGUCGACCGAGAUGGUUUUGUUUCUACUUUAAUUGGUAAUCAUUUACACAAAUCACAUUGGAAGCCAAUACCAUGUGAGGGCACUCUAAAGUUGGAAGAGAUGCACUUACGUUGGCCUACAGAAUUAGCCGUAAGCCCACUCGAUAACACUCUACAUAUUAUUGAUGACCAUAUGAUUCUACGCAUGACACCAGAUGGACGUGUGCGAGUUAUUUCUGGACGUCCACUACACUGUGCAACUGCAACGUCAACCUAUGAUUCGGACUCAGCUACAGUAGCUACACUGGUUAUGCCACAGUCGAUUGCAUUUGGGCCCAUGGGUGAAUUAUAUGUUGCAGAAAGUGAUUCUCAACGUAUCAAUCGAGUUCGAGUUAUUGGUACUGAUGGACGUAUUACUGCUUUUGCCGGUGCCGAAUCUAAAUGUAACUGCUUAGAACGUGGAUGCGAUUGCUUUGAAGCUGAGCAUUACUUAGCCACAAGUGCUAAAUUCAACACGAUUGCUGCCUUAGCUGUUACUCCAGAUGGUCAUGUACAUAUCGCUGAUCAGGCAAAUUACCGCAUACGCUCUGUUAUGUCUAGUAUUCCUGAAGCCAGCACUUCUCGCGAAUAUGAAAUUUACGCUCCAGAUAUGCAAGAAAUUUAUAUCUUCAACCGCUUCGGCCAACACGUUUCUACGAAGAAUAUACUCACUGGUGAGACUACAUACGUAUUCACCUACAAUGUCAAUACAUCGAAUGGCAAAUUAAGCACAGUAACUGAUGCAGCUGGUAAUAAAGUGUUCCUAUUGCGUGACUACACUUCCCAAGUCAACUCUAUUGAAAAUACCAAAGGUCAAAAAUGCCGUUUGCGUAUGACUCGCAUGAAAAUGUUGCAUGAAUUAAACACUCCAGACAACUACAAUUUUACUUUUGAAUAUCAAGGUCCCACCGGUUUACUUAAAACUAAACUUGACUCAAGUGGACGAUCAUAUGUUUACAAUUAUGAUGAAUUUGGUCGCUUGACUUCAGCGGUUACUCCUACUGGUCGUGUUAUUGACUUGGCUUUCGAUCUUAGCAUGAAAGGUGCACAAGUAAAAGUUUCAGAAAAUUCACAAAAAGAAAUUACUAUGCUUAUACAAGGCUCAACUGUGGUUGUACGAAACGGAGAAGCUGAAACUAAGACUGCUGUAGAAAUGGAUGGCUCAAUGACUAGUAUUACUCCUUGGGGUCAUAUGCUGCAAAUGGAAGUUGUUCCGUAUGCCGUAUUAGCUGAAAUAAGUCCACUAAUAGGAGAGAGUUAUCCUGUGCCCGCUAAGCAGCGUACUGAAAUCGCUGGCGAUCUUGCAAAUCGUUUCGAAUGGCGUUACUUUGUACGCCGCAUUCAACAAGGAAAACAGGGCAAAGGUCAACGGCCAGUAUCGCAGGUUGGUCGUAAGUUACGCGUUAAUGGAGAUAAUGUACUAACACUUGAAUACGAUCGUGAAACUCAAUCGGUAGUUGUAGUGGUAGAUGAUAAGCAAGAGCUACUAAAUGUAACUUACGAUCGCACUGCUCGCCCAGUUAGUUUUAGGCCGCAAUCAGGUGAUUAUGCUGAUGUCGAAUUGGAAUACGAUCGUUUUGGCCGUGUAACUGGUUGGAAGUGGGGUGUUCUACAAGAAGUGUAUACUUUUGAUCGUAUUGGAAGACUUAAUGAGAUUAAGUAUGGUGAUGGCUCUUCCAUGGUAUACGCUUUUAAGGACGCUUACGGUUCCCUACCACUGAAGGUCACAACUCCUAGACGAUCCGAUUAUUUACUGCAGUACGAUGAUGCUGGAGCACUACAAAGCUUAACAACACCACGAGGUCAUAUACAUUCCUUCUCAUUGCAAACAUCGCUUGGAUUCUUUAAAUAUCAAUACUAUUCACCAAUAAAUCGACAUCCGUUUGAGAUACUAUACAACGAUGAAGGCCAAAUUUUAGCAAAAAUACAUCCACAUCAGUCAGGCAAGGUAGCAUUUGUACACGAUUAUGCUGGUCGCUUAGAAACUAUUUUAGCCGGUCUAUCAAGCACACACUAUAACUAUCAAGAUACCACAAGUCUAAUAAAAUCGGUAGAAGUACAAGAACCUGGCUUUGAACUACGUCGUGAAUUUAAGUAUCAUGCUGGCAUAUUAAAAGAUGAAAAACUUCGAUUUGGUUCCAAAAACUCACUGGCAUCAGCUCAUUACAAGUAUUCGUAUGAUGGCAAUGCACGUUUAAGUGGUAUAGAAAUGUCUAUUGAUGACAAGGAAAUGCCCACUGCACGCUAUAAGUAUUCCCAGAAUCUUGGUCAACUAGAAGUUGUGCAGGAUCUUAAGAUAACACGCAAUGCUUUCAACCGCACUGUUAUUCAAGAUUCGGGUAAACAAUUCUUCACAAUUGUUGAUUACGAUCAGCAUGGGCGUAUUAAGAGUGUACUUAUGAACAUUAAAAGCUUCGAUGUCUUCCGUCUUGAAUUGGAUUACGACUUGCGCAAUCGCAUUAAAUCACAAAAGACAACGUUUGGACGCUCAACCGCUUUUGAUAAAAUCAACUAUAAUGCAGAUGGACAUGUAAUCGAAGUUUUAGGCACAAAUAACUGGAAGUACCUAUAUGAUGAAAAUGGCAAUACUGUUGGUGUAGUUGAUCAGGGUGAGAAAAUUAAUCUUGGUUAUGAUAUUGGUGACCGCGUCAUACAAGUUGGUGAUGUUGAGUUCAAUAACUAUGAUGCCCGUGGUUUUGUAGUGCGACGAGGUGAGCAGAAGUAUCGCUACAAUAAUCGCGGACAACUUAUACAUGCUUUUGAACGCGAACGCUUCCAAACGUGGUAUUACUAUGAUGAUAGAAGUCGUUUAGUUGCUUCUCAUGAUAAUAAGGGCAAUGUGACACAAUUUUAUUAUGCAAAUCCGAAGACACCCAAACUAUUAACACAUGUGCACUUCCCUAAAACUGGAAAGACUUUGAAAUUCUUCUACGACGAUCGUGAUAUGCUUAUUGCAGUAGAAAACACAGAACAUAGAUAUUAUGUCGCUACCGAUCAAAAUGGCUCACCGCUAGCAUUCUUUGAUCUAAACGGUGCUAUUAUUAAGGAAGUGAAACGUACACCAUUCGGGCGAGUUAUUAAAGAUACUAAUCCAGCAUUCUUCAUUCCCAUUGAUUUCCAUGGUGGUUUACUUGAUCCUAAUACCAAAUUGGUGUACACAGAAGGGCGACAAUACGAUCCUACAGUUGGACAAUGGAUGACGCCACUUUGGGAAACAUUAGCUACAGAAAUGUCUAAUCCCACCGAUGUGUUUAUAUAUCGCUAUAAUAAUAAUGAUCCUAUUAAUCCAAACAAACCGCAAAAUUACAUGAUUGAUCUAGAGUCAUGGCUGCAACUAUUUGGUUAUGAUUUGAGUGAUAUGCAGAGCUCGAAAUAUACUAAAGCUUCACAAUACGUACCGCAGGCAACUAUCAAAUCCAAUACUUUAGCACCCGACUUCGGUGUCAUAUCUGGUUUGGAAUGCAUUGUGGAGAAAACUAAUGAAAAAUUCAGUGAUUUCGAUUUUGUACCAAAACCUUUACUCAAAAUGGAACCCAAAAUGCGUAACCUCUUGCCUCGGGUAAGCUAUCGAAGAGGAGUAUUUGGCGAGGGUGUACUGUUAUCACGCAUUGCUGGUCGUGCGAUGGUUAGUGUGGUAGAUGGGUCUAACAGUGUCGUGCAAGACGUGGUCUCUUCAGUUUUUAACAACUCUUACUUCCUGGAUCUACACUUCAGCAUUCAUGAUCAAGACGUAUUCUAUUUCGUUAAAGACAAUAUUCUCAAAAUACGUGAUGACAAUGAAGAGCUUAGACGUUUGGGUGGCAUGUUUAACAUAUCUACGCACGAAAUAACUGACCACGGCGGUAGUACAGCUAAGGAAUUACGUUUACAUGGUCCUGAAGCAGUCGUUAUUAUUAAGUAUGGUGUAGAUCCUGAACAAGAAAGACAUCGUAUACUUAAGCAUGCACACAAGCGCGCUGUAGAAAGGGCAUGGGAGUUAGAAAAAGAGUUGGUAGCUGCCGGUUUUCAAGGUCGUGGUGAGUGGACAGAGGAGGAAAAAGAAGAGCUUGUGUCACAUGGAGACGUUGAUGGUUGGAUUGGCAUUGACAUACACAGCAUACACAAAUAUCCACAAUUGGCCGACGAUCCAGGUAAUGUAGCAUUUCAACGGGAUGCUAAACGCAAACGCAGGAAGACGGGCAACACACAUCGUGUUGGCAAAUCCCGCAGACAACAACAGAAACUAAUUGACAUGAGCGCGUGAGUAAAUGAUAACUUCACUCGCAAGAAUGAACUAGGUGUAGAAGAUGAUGUAAAAGAAGAUGUAGAAGAAACAAAUUAUAAUGAUGUUGGUGCAACGUUUAACGAAUAUAUGCUAAGCGGUAAUGUUCGAACGAACGAUGAUGAUUAUCAAUACUACUCCAAAAAUGAAGACGAUGACGACUUAUACUAUUAGGAAUACUUAGAAUACUCACAUAUAUAUUUGUACGUCUAUACUUGUAUAUGUAUGAAUGAAACUUGUAAAAUCUCAAAAUAGCAAGCAAAAUAGCAAUGCUCGGUAAUUACAUAUUAUAAAGUAAUUGUAAACUUUGAUAAUUAAUUACAUUUAAGUGAAAUAUAAGUAAGCAUUAAUUAAACACAAAAGAAUUUCAAAUAGCAUUAAAUAAUAAGCAUUGAUGUAUGCCAGUCUUUAAAUGUGAAAUGUCUUAAACUCUGUAGGCAAAAUAGACUUACGCAAAAUAGACUCGUAGAAGUUGUCAGAUCAUUACAAAAAGCAAAAAAAACACUUAAUUUGUUGUAGUGUAAUAACUCAAAACGACUUAAUGCACUAAUUAAUGUAAUUAAGAUUAUAAUCAAAGAA